UCCGAGAGGACAAGAAGUGUUCCAUUUCAAUGGCAGAACAGCGGAGAGUAGACGAGUCACAAACGUGAAGACUGAGUGAACGAGCUAGCUUCCAUGGAGGGCAGCACCACAAGGGCUUCCUCGAUCAGAUGGAAGAUCCUCCGGCAAGCCCUUCUUCGCACGCGAACUGACGAGAAAUCUCAAUUGGGUAUUGAAAAGAUUUCGAGGAAAUCCUCCUCUGGUGGCUUCAAACUGAUACCCUUCCAAGUGGUGGACCGAGGAGCUCAAGCCCGAAACAGCUCUGAUUCAUCUUCGACAAGAAAAGGCCCCGACAGUGCAAGGGAUGCUGUUGUGUGCUACACGUUGCCCGCCCAUGGAUCUCCCAAGCUGUUCCUGACCCAGAGGUUGGAAAAUCGAGGGGACUUGCAUGAUUUCGAAAUCUGUAAUCAGUAUAAUAUUGACAAUACUGGACUUGUUCGUCUUUGGCCAUCGGAAGAAGUCCUUGCAUACUACUGCCUGUCAACUGCUGAGAUUUUCUGCUCUAAAAGAGUUAUUGAGCUUGGUUCAGGAUAUGGCUUAGCUGGAUUAGUGAUAGCUGCAGCCAGCGAAGCAUCUGAAGUCAUGAUCACAGAUGGGAAUCCUCAAGUGGUUGAUUAUAUUCAGCAAAGCAUAGAAGUUAAUUCAAGAGCAUUUGGCUGCACAAGGGUGAAGUCAAUGAUGCUGCACUGGAAUCAGAUGGAACUUUCAAGCAGCCUUGGCACUUUUGAUGUCAUCAUUGCGAGUGACUGCACUUUUUUCAAAGAAUUCCACGAGGACCUUGCGCGGAUGGUCAGGCUCCUAUUGAAAGGUGGGUUAUCGGAAGCAUUAUUUUUUAGCCCGAAGAGAGGAGACUCACUCGACAAGUUUCUGGAGGAGGCCAGCAAACAGGGUCUGAAGUACAGCAUCACAGAGAAUUACAGUGCAGAAGUGUGGAAGCGUCACCAGGAAUCGCUGACUGGAGAGGGCUCCUGGCCAGGCUACCAAAAAGAUCACUCCUACCCAUUAUUGAUCAGAAUUACGAAAUGAAUACCUGGAUAUCGGUUCUUGUUCUGGUAAAUGACUGCUUUUGCAUUCAUAGGAAGUUCCUCGGGGCUAUUCGUGUUUCCAAGUCCUGCAUCAUAUUCAUCAAAUGAAUCAAGUCCCUUGACUUCGUAAAGACAUUUUGUUUCCAUCGCCGAAUGAGAAACUGUAUUAAUCAACGUCUAUUGAGGAUAGUUGUUUGGGCCUCGGCCACA